UAAAUUAAAUAAAAUAAAAUAAGGACUCAGGAGGGGACCUGUCAUGUGAUCAGCACAACACAAGUGUUUGUCAAAGUAAAAUAUCUAACAUUUUCAAGGCUCAAAGCCUAUUUCCCAAAAUGGUUCUGAUCAUUUCCUUCUCUCUUAAAAGAAAGCAAUGUGGACAAAAAUUGUCCCCACCCCAGCCCUGGGCACCAUUUGUCGAGAGGGAAGAUGAGGCUGGAUAGAGCCUAGUUUUGCCUGCAAUGACAUUCCUCCCUCCUGGUCCCAGGACCCCAGAAGAUCAUCACUACCAGAAAACACAUCAACCUUUGCCCUGGUCCAGCCAGAGGCCCAGAGGGUGCAGAGGCGGUGACAGAGUGAGACCUUAUUUUAAAAACAAAACAAAACAAAACAGGGGUUAGGGCAGCCAGCUGGGGAGCCGGGAUGUGCUGCGCUCACCCUAAGCACACGCUGACGAAGAAAGAUGCUCAAGUCUCCUAUCUUACAGUUGAAGGAUUGGGCCCUGGAGGCCUAUACAACCCACGUGAAAUCUCUUUCCAGGGUUCCCAGGAGCUGAGAUAGAUGCCCAUUUCAGCCUGAUCUUCCAGAAGGUCCUUGGGAAGCCCACCUCCCAAGACUCCCCCUGAUGGGCAGAACUGGUUUUUCUGGGUCCCCAGAUUGCUUAGGGAAACAGGUUCUUCUAGCUCCCCAUUGGCCCUUCUGUGCUUACUCUGAGAAGCCAGGUCAGGCCACUGUGUCAGGCUUAGCCCAGAGAGAGUGGGGUGGAGGAGGCGGAGGGUAUAACCCGGAUGGGUCCUCUCCACACAGGCUCUCAGGCAAGCUCCCUGGGGCCCCAGGAACAUGGCUGUCCCGUGGCUGGUGCUGCUCUUGGCAUUGCCUGUCUUUUUCCUGGGAGCCUUUGUCUGGGCUGUCUUUGAGCACUUCCUCACGGCGGAUGUCCCAGCCACCAAGUGGAGAGCCCUGCAUUGCAUAUUCCUGUAUCUGCUCACUUUGGGGAAUAUACUUGAGAAGCUGCAAAUUUGCUCCAUGCCCAAAUUUGUCCGUUUUUUACAUGAUAGCAUGAGAAUUAAAAAGGACCCUGAACUUAUGGUGACUAACCUGCAUUUUGGGACGAUACCUGUGAGGCUGUUCCAGCCCAAGGCAGCAUCCUCCAGACUCUGGCGAGGCAUCAUCUUCUACCAAGGAGGGGGCUCAGUAUUUGGGAGCCUGGAUUGUUACCAUGGCCUGUGCAAUCUUCUGGCCCAGGAGACUGACUCUGUGGUUGUGAUGAUUGGGUACCGCAUGGUUCCUGACCACCAUUCCCCUGCCAUUUUCCAUGACUGCAUGAAUACUUCCAUUUACUUCCUGAAGGUCCUGGAAACCUACGGGGUGGACCCCUCCAGGGUUGUGGUCUGUGUAGAAAGCAUCGGAGGCGCAGCGGCGGCCACCAUCACCCGCCUGGUGGGAAGAUCGGAUCUUCCCUGGAUCCGGGCUCAGGUUCUGAUCUACCUGCUUGUCCAGGUAUUAUGUUUGCAGUUACCAUCCUUUCAGCAGAACCAAAAUGUCCCGUUCCUCUCCUGGAAGUUCAUGGUGACCGCUCUGUGUAACUAUCUGGCCAUUGACCUCUCCUGGCGUGAUGCCAUUUUGAACGGCAGUUGUGUACCCCCGGAGGUCUGGAGGAAGUAUGAGAAGUGGCUUAGCCCUGGCAACGUCCCCAAGAAAUUUAGGAAAAGAGGCUUCCAACCCUGGCCUCCAGGCCCUUUUAAUGAAGCUGCCUGUCUAGAAACCAAACAUAUGCUGGAUGUAGAAAAUUCUUCCCUGCUAGCAGAUGAUGAUGUCAUCGCUCAGCUUCCCGAGGCCUUCCUGGUGUGUUGUGAGAAUGACAUACUCCGUGAUGACAGCUUGCUCUAUAAGAAGCGCUUGGAGGACCAGGGGGUCCAUGUGACAUGGUACCACCUGGAGGAGGGUUUUCACGGAUCCCUUAUCUUUUUUGAUAAGAAGGCUCUCUCUUUCCUAUGCUCCCUGAAGAUCGUGAAUGCUGUAGUCAAUUAUGUAAAGGGCAUGUGAUAGUAACCCUGGAGCCCCGAGGAGGAAGGGGCAAGCAUGGACUCUACCAGAAACUGGGUGCUUUAGUGAGUUCUACGUUGUUGACUAAAGUGGUGCUACGUCAAUGCUUGGGUCAGCUGGGAAGGGUGGGAAGGAAGCUAACAGUCUUGCUUAGUGUUCCAGAAAAUCCCAACUCUGUGUGUUGCCUUUUGUCACUAACAGUGUCUAGUUCUGGAUCUAGCAGCAUUCUUUAACAUUCCAUUCAGGUGAAAUAAAUAUCAAAAAAAAAAACAAAAAUGGCUUUAAAAAUUUCUCAAAGCCCUAACAUAUGAGAUCUGUGCAGAAUAAAUGCCAACAACUGGUCAUGCUGUCAGCGGUGAAUCUAUACCCAUGAUGACAAAACAUUGCUCGGGGCUGUGGAACCUGUUGGAGGAAGGGGCACUUAAUUGUUCCUGUGGUCAAAGGUCACUGGUCAAAUCCCAACUUUGAUUGGCUCCAGCUAGUCUGAGAAAUGCUGUUGCAAUGAAAUUCUACCCUUGACACAGCCACCCUUGGGCUGGACUAAAUGAAGAUCUCAGAGGGGAUUGCGGGAAAGAGAGGGACAGAGAAAGAGGCAGGAGGAAAGGAACAGAAGAAAAGGGUGGGCUCUGGGGAGCUAUGAGCUUUGCCUGGGCUCAAGUCUUUCAUCUGAGUUUCAAAAACAGACUGCUGGCUACUAAUAGGCAGGUUCACCAAGUCAGGGAUGUCUUGGGGACCUCUGGAUGCCAUCUGGAAUAUAAAAAAUGUCUUUCCUCCAUCCUGGCCAACAUGGUGAAACUCCAUCUCUACUAAAAAUGCAA